CAGUGACUGAGUUGAGCUGAGUGUAAACCUGCAGACAUGGACGUGGUGUCGCCAGAGCUGAACAGCCUCCUCCCUGAUGAGAUCAUGGACACAGAGGCCAUCGUCAUGGAUGAUGACCCCCCCUCCGAGUCCCCUGCAGCCUCUGGCCAAUCACAGCCCAGUGACGACGCACCAGUCCCCAUGGAAACGGAUGUGCCCGCUGUCCCAGAGAUCGUAAGCCUGUGUUCGGACGCCCCUCCGACCCAGCGGACCCAAGCCGGGACCACCUCCACCACCACAGGUUCCACCCUCUGUAGCACCACCUCUGCUACCCAGCUCCUCCUCACCCCCUCCACGGCUUCAUCCUCCUCCCUCACCCUGCGACCCGCCACAGCCUCCACCCUCACCUCAACCACCCCCAAAACCACCAGCAGCCUGGCCCGGGUCAGUCUCACCUCGGGGGGCUUACAGAAGCUCUCAGCCCCCUUCACCCUCUCAGCCAACCACCAGAUCAUCCUAAACAAGGUGGCCUCAUCCCCGGGCGCAGACACCACCAGGUCCCCAGGCACCACCACCCCCACUACCACCACCACUACUCCAGGGGGCCAGAAGUUCAUGGUGACGGCCAUAGGGAAGUCAGGCCAACCCAUUGUGCUGCAGCUGCCCCACACAGGCUCCAAGCCUGGCUCAGUGCAGGGUCUGGGGGAGGCCAAAGCCAACCCGCAGCAUUUCAAGGUGGUGACAAGAGGGGUGAGGACGGACCUGAAACCAAUCAUGGUGGGGCAGGCGGUCAGCUCGGCCAGUCAGGUGUCCACCCUGCAGGCCCAGCAGCUGAAGACUGUACAGGUGAGACCUGUUUGUUUACUUGUUUAUUGACUUGUUUACCUUUUUGUCUCAAGGGUCUGAAUUCUUCCCAAUUCAUCAGAAAGGCAUUCAGUUCCUUUGCUCUGCUGUGCUCACAUUUUGUAGUGUGGAGAUUAAUUUAGCUAUGUGUUGUCAUGAAGAGCCUUAUAAGGUUGGAAAUCAAUGCCCAACUGUAACCCCCACCAUCACCCCUCCACAAACACGAUAUGUGAUCAUCUUUAUUUCAAGUACAGUCCCAUGCAUUUACUUGGUUGGUGAAAGGAGCUGGGCAAUUCCACAUCAUUGCUAUUUACAGAAACAUUUUGAGUUUUGCAGAUUUUUUUUUAUUGGCAGUUGUCCAAACCUAAAUGUUGAAAUGAUUAAAUAAAACCUAUUCAAAACUUUAUUUAGAAGCAAAUACUGUAAACAAUUUUUAUGGUGGAUGAUGUUGGCAUGCUUUAUAGGUCUGGUCUUUAUCUCUAAGCUGUAGUUUGUGCAUGGAAGGUAAAUUAACAUAUUUCUCAAUAGAUUGCUAAGAAAACCCAGGUGUCGUCGGCUGGACCAAUCAAGUUCGUCUUCACUAAAGCUGUCAACAACAAAGGUCUGACUGCCCAGACAUCAGUAUCCAAUGUCAUUACAGGUAAUCCCCCUGACAUGCUCUUCAUAUUGACAUCUUCAUAGAAAUAAUGGUUGGUUUGCAAUGUGCCACAUUGAAAGUUCAGCCUGUGUUAUAACUGCUUUGAGCCAUAGAAAUGUAUAUAGACUUUUAUCCCUGCCCCAACUGGUUCUGACCUCAUUGUUGUGAUUCUGUGCCCUCCCCUAACCCCACCCACCCAGGUCGAGUCCUGUCCACAAGCAGCCCAGUGACCCCCCCCGCGGACCAUCACCCUCUCUGAGACCCUCAGCUCCAGCUCUAGCAGCAAGAUCGCCAUCUCCCCCCUCAAGUCGCCCAGCAAGGUCGGACAUGCUGCCAUUCAAUCCCUCUGACCCCACUUUGAGCGAGGGAGAGAGAACCAGUGCAGUUUCAGGGGCCGACAUUAACGCCCGGGGCCAGUAAACGCAUUUCCAGCCAGUGGAUCUACUUUUUGAUUUCCAGUUCAACAUUUACCUGAUCUGUCGCAGUCUACCAUUGAAGACUACAUACGUAAAAGUCAUGUUAUUUGUAUUUGAGCAAUAUGAUUGGCCGUUCAUUAAAGCACCACCACGCUCCCGUGAGUCACAACUUCUUGAGCACUCGAGCAGUACAUGAGUUGAUGCCUUCACACGGCACACGCGAGAUGUCCUGAGCAAAAUGAAGCGCCCAUCAAUCUACUCGUUCAGUUUAUUUAUUUUAACUAAGGAAAGUGAUUUACAAAAGUAAACCUACAAUAGUGAACAUACUAGCAAAUAUGCUGGCUGCUGUUGAUAGUCUGCAAAAAUACACUUUAGCAUUUAUCUUGGCUAGCCUACUGUAGCCAGGUCCAUAUAUUUUGAACCCAAUUGUCUUAAAGGAGCAGCGUCCUAUUUUGAGAUGAAAACAUUUUUUAUUCUCAAAAUGACAUACUUUAGAAACAAAAAUGAAUGCAGUUAAUACAUUUCAAUUCUAAAGAAUAGAGUAAUGACUUGCAUUGCUAAAUUGGUGGUAAAAAGUGGUCCUCUGUAGCUCAAUUGGUAGAGCAUGGCGCGUGUAACGCCAGGGUAGUGGGUUCGAUCCCCGGGACCACCCAUACGUAAAAAUGUAUGCACACAUGACUAAGUCGCUUUGGAUAAAAGCGUCUGCUAAAUGGCGUAUUAUUAUUAUUAUUAUAAUAAUAAUAAAUUAUACUGAGUGUACAAAACGUUAGGAACACCUUCCUAAUAUUGAGUUGCACCCCUUUUUGCCCUCAGAACAGCCUCAAUACGUUGGGACAUGGACUCUACAAGGUGUCGAAAGCAUUCCACAGGGAUGCUGGCCCAUGUUGACUCCAAUGCUUCCCACAGUUGUAUCAAGUUGGCUGGAUGUCCUUUGGGUGGUGGACCAUUCUUGAUACAGUGUGAAAAACCCAGCAGCGUUGCGGUUCUUGACACACUCAAACCGGUGCGCCUGGCACCUACUACCAUACCCAAUUCAAAGGCACUUAAAUCUUUUGUCUUGCCCAUUCACCCUCUGAAUGGCACACAUACACAAUACAUGUCUUAAGGCUUAAACAUCCUUCUUUAACCUGUCUCCUCCCCUUCAUCUACACUGAUUGAAGUGGAUUUAACAGGUGACAUCAAUAAGGGAUCAUAGCUUUCACCUGGUCAGUCUGUCAUGGAAAGAGCAGGUGUUCAUAAUGUUUUGUACACAGUGUAUAUUACACCGGUUUUUAAUACAUAUCAUAAUAACCAAAUGUAGCAUAUUUAAUAGCUGCAUAUAGAGAGAAAGCAUGCCAACCUAUAGGCCCUGCAUGACCCCAAUCCAUUUAAAAACUACACCAUGUCCGGGCCAGUGAGAAAAAAAAAGUUGCAGUUGGAACCUGAGUUUUCUUCCAUUUUGUGUUUGGAUGACAACAUGGAGCUAUUGACAUGUAUUAGUAAACAUAUCAUUCUGUUUUCUCUUUGUGUGACAGUUGACGGUGGUGUCGGUGGCCUCCCAGGUCCCCAACUCCCCUCAGAAGUCAGUAUCUCUGCCUCUCAACAUGGCCCACCUUGGACAUCAGAUACUAGUACAACAGUCUACAGCCACCUCCCCAGCCAAGGUAGUCUCCAGCCAUUCUACUGCGCAGGUACAACUAGCCUCUAUAACAGUGUUUCUCAACUUUGGUCCUCUAGGACCCCCAGGACUGCACAUUUUGUUUAAUUCAAACACUGGAACACCUGAUUCAACUAGCCAACUAAUCACCAAGACCUUGAUAAUCAGGCAUGCUACUGCUGAUGCUCUUGGAAAUGAUCUUGACCAUUUUCUCCCCUCUCCUCACAGACCAUGAAGCCUGUGCAGACUGUGACGGUGGGAGGGGUGGGCGCCCCCCAGUUUAAGACCAUCUUUCCCCUGUCCACUCCGUCCAACGUGCAGCAGAUCCAGGUGCCAGGCAGCCGCUUCCACUACGUCAGGCUGGUCACUGCCACCACGGGCAGCAGCACGGGACAGGCCGGCAGCCCCAUCACCAACUCAUCCAUGACAGGUAGGAGACAGACUCGCAACUCACCAUCCAUACAGAGUGGCAGGGGAAGGAUUUUAGGUCCAAACAGUGCCAUAAAUAUACAAGAGCAUAUGCAACAGUAUUUAAUAUGACCUGUUUUCCUUCCACAGCCAAGCCCUUGGUGGUCAACACAACCCAAGUCAGGAUGUCUGUCCCCAUUGUCCCAGCACAGACAAUGAAGCAGGUGAAACACACACAAACACACUACUUGCUUACAUAUUUAAUUGCCCCCCUACUCAGUCAUUCACUCAGCCACGACAACAUGCAGUGUAAUUGAACUAACCUUCAGUGUUCUCCCCCUCUCUCAGGUGGUGCCUAAGCCCUUGACAUCGUCGGGCCAGGUGCUGACCACUCAGACCCAGCAGAGGUUGAUCAUGCCCGCCACAUCGCUGCCCCAGAUUCAGCCUAACCUCACCAACCUACCCCCGGGCACCGUGCUGGCGCCUGCCCCUGGCUCUGGAAACAUGGGUUAUGCCGUGCUGCCCGCACAAUACGUCACACAGGUACAGGACUGGGAUGUGUGUUGAAUGCAUUUUAAACGUGUGUGUGUGUGUGUGUCGGUGCUCUAACACGUCUAUCUCUCCCUUCUCCAGCUCCAGCAGUCGGCAUAUGUGACUCUGGCCAGCAGCUCUGGGUUCUCCACCCCUACAGACAUUCAGACUCAGGCCAGACUGCCUCUCAAUGGGUAAGCACAACACCACACAGGGGAAAUCCCCAGCUGAAAUAUGAUCUGUGGUUUGGUGGAAAAUAAGUCCUUGUCAGUAAAAACACUGUUUGUGAUAAAGCACCUUUGUUUUGAUGGGUUUUAAAUCCCUUUUGAUAUGAAAUGUUAUAUAAACUCAAUGCACUGACUAAUUCUAAGCAUAUUCCCUCCUUCCACAGCUUAUCAACAUCAGGCACUGCCUUCAGGCCACGGAAGCCCUGUAACUGCACCAAGUCUCAGUGUCUCAAACUGUACGUACUAUAUUAACUUACAGGGAACUCAACCUACUCAACUGUUCAUGUGUAACAGGAUUCCAGCUUUAAAAAAGAAAUCUCCUGUAUUUAGACAUGUAGACGUCAUUUGAGAUGGGCCUAACCUCUAGCUGUGUAUGUUGUCUGAAUGCUCUCUCUGCAGGUACUGUGACUGUUUUGCCAACGGGGAGUUCUGUCAGAGCUGUAACUGUACUAACUGCUUCAACAACCUGGAACACGAGACAGAUCGAGCUAAAGCCAUCAAGGUGAGGAACAAGACGCAGCCACAAGACAUUUACAUUACAUUUUAGUCAUUUAGCAGACGCUCUUAUCCAGAGCGACUUACAGUUAGUGAGUGCAUACAUGAUUAUUUUUUUAUUUUUUCAUACUGGCCCCCCGUGGGAAUCAAACCCACAACCCUGGCGUUGCAAACGCCAUGCUCUACCAACUGAGCUACAUCCCUGCCGGCCAUUCCCUCCCAUACCCUGGACGACGCUGGGCCAAUUGUGCGCCGCCCCAUGGGUCUCCCAGUCGCGGCCGGCUACGACAGAGCCUGGAUUCGAACCAGGAUCUCUAGUGGCACAGCCUUAGACCACUGCGCCACUCGGGAGACCAUACAGUUGAGACAAAUCAGAUUUGACUCAACUGUAUUUCUCUCACCUUAUUUGCCUUGGCUUUUGUGUGAAAGAAAAGCUUGGUGUGAUAAAUGUACUCCUUGAUUAGUGUUAUGAUUUGGCCUUGUGUAAUAAGUAACUGGCAGUUGGAUCUGACUCCUUGUGUAAAGAGUUGUUUUAAAAGGAGUGUAUAAUUUCCCCAGGCUUGUCUGGACCGUAACCCGGAGGCGUUCAAGCCGAAGAUCGGGAAAGGUAAAGAGGGCGAGUCGGACCGCAGGCACAGCAAAGGCUGCAACUGUAAACGCUCAGGCUGCCUGAAGAACUACUGCGAGUGUUACGAGGUGGGUCCCCUCUCUCUCGCUCUCUCGCUCUCUCGCUCUCUCGCUCUCGCUCUCUCUCUCUCUCUCUCUCUCGCAAGCGAAAUGAACAAUAAAAAAUGAGCAGUAAACAUUACACUCACAAAAGUUUCAAAGGAAUAGAGACGUCAUAUUAUGGUGUUAUAACGAUGUGCAAAUAGUUAAAGUACUAAAGGGAAAUUAUAUAAAUAUGGGUUGUACUUACAAUGGUGUUUGUUAAUCACUGGUUGCCCUUUUCUUGUGGCAACAGGUCACACAUCUUGCUGCUGUGAUGGCACACUGUGGUAUUUCACCCAAUAGAUAUGGGAGUUUAUCUAAAUUGGAUUUGUUUUCGAAUUCUUUGUGGGUCUGGGUAAUCUGAGGGAAAUAUGUGUUCAUACAUUUGGCAGGCGUUUAGGAUGUGCAGCUCAGUUUCCACCUCGUUUUGUGGGAAGUGUGCCCAUAGCCUGUCUUCUCUUGAGAGCCAGGUCUGCCUACGGCGACCUCUCUCAAUAGCAAGGCUAUGCUCACUGAGUCUGUACAUAGUCAAAGCUUUCCUUAAUUUUGUGUCAGUCACGGUGGUCAGGUAUUCUGCCACUGUGUACUCCCUGUUUAGGGCCAAAUAGCAUUCCAAUUUUUUUGGGGGGUGGGGGUAAACUCUUUACAAUGUGUCAAGUAAUUCUCUUUUUGUUUUCUCAUGAUUUGGUUGGGUCUAAUUCUGUUGCUGUCCUGGGGCUCUGUGGGGUCUGUUUGUGUUUGUGAACAGAGCCCCAGGCCCAGCUUGUUUAGGGGACUCUUCUCCAGGUUAAUCUCUCUGUAGGUGAUGGCUUUGUUAUGGAAGGUUUGGGAAUUGGUUCCUUUUAGGUGGUUGUGGAAUUUAACGUCUCUUUUCUGGAUUUUGAUAAUUAGCGGGUAUUGGCCUAAUUCUGCUCUGCAUGCAUUAUUUGGUGUUUUACGUUGUACACGGAGGAUGUUUUUGCAGAAUUCUGCAUGCAGAGUCUAAAUUUGGUGUUUGUCCCCUUUUGUGAAUUCUUUGUUGGUGAGCUGACCCCAGACCGUGGAGAGCAAUGGGUUCUAAAACUGAUUCAAGUAUUUUUAGCCAGAUCCUAACUGGGAUGUUGAAUUUUAUGUUCCUUUUGAUGGCGUAGAAGGCCCUUCUUGCCUCUCAGAUCGUUCACAGCUUUGUGGAAGUUACCUGUGGUGCUGAUGUUUAGGCCGAGGUACGUAUAGUUUGUAUCAAUUAGGGGGUGCAGGGUGAAUAUGUGGUCUGUUGUAUGGUAAUUUGGUAAAAAGCUAAUUUGACAUUUGCUCAGUACAUUGUUUUCAAUGAGUAAAUGUAUGAGUCUGCUGUUAAUGACAAUGCAGAGGAUUUCCCCAAGGUUGCUGUUGACGCAUUGGGGUCAAAUUUGUCUCCACCUUUGUGGAUUUGGGUGAUCAGUCCUUGGUUCCAAAUAUUGGGGAAGAUGCCAGAGCUGAGGAUGAUGUUAAAGAGUUUAAGUAUAGCCAAUUGGAAUUUGUGGUCUGUAUAUUUUAUCAUUUAAUUUCAUGGUCUGAGAGUCCUUUAGGUGCCUUUUGGCAAACUCCAAGCGGGCUGUCGUGCCUUUUACUCAGGAGUGGCUUCCGUCUGGUCACUCUACCAUAAAGGCCUGAUUGGUGGAGUGCUGCACAGAUGGUUGUCCUUCUGGAAGGUUCUCCCAUCUCCACAGAGGAACUCUGGAGAGUGACCAUUGAGUUCUUGGUCACCUCCCUGAACAAGGCCCUUCUCCCCCGAUUGUUCAGUUUGGCCGGGGGGCCAGCUCUAGGAAGAGUCUUGGUGGUUCUAAACUUCUUAAAUUUAAGAAUGAUUGAGGCCACUGUGUUCUUGGGGACCUUCAAUGCUUCAGAAAUGUUUUGGUACCCUUCCCCAGAUCUGUGCCUCGACACAAUCCUGUCUCGGAGCUCUAUGGACAAUUCCUUUGACCUCAUGGCUUGGUAUUUGCUCUUACAUGCGCUGUCAACUGUGGGACCUUAUAUAGACAGGUGUGUGCCUUUCCAAAUCAUGUCCAAUCAAUUGAAUUUACCACAGGUGGACUUCAAUCGAGUUGUAGAAACAUCUCAAGGUGGAUCAAUGGAAACAGGAUGCACCUGAGCUCAAUUUCGAGUCUGAAAGCAAAGGGUCUGAAAACUUAUGUAAAUAAGGUAUUUCUGUUUUUUUAUUUUUAAUACAUUUGCAAAAAUGUCCAUAAACCUGUUUUCGCUUUGUCAUUAUGGGGUAUUGUGUGUAGAUUGAUGAAGAUUUUUUAUUUAUUUAACCCAUUUCAGAAUAAGGCUGUAACGUAACGACAGGGCGGCAGGUAGCUUAGUGGGUAAGAGCGUUGUGCCAGUAACCGAAAGGUCGCUGGUUCUAAUCCCCGAGCCGACUAGGUGAAAAAUCUGUCGAUGUGCCCUUGAGCAAGGCACUUAACCCUAAUUGCUCCUGUAAGUCGCUCUGGAUAAGAGCGUCUGCUAAAUGACGAAAAAAAAAAAAAAAUAUAUAUAUAAAUGUGGAAAAAGUGAAGGGGUCUGAAUACUUUCCAAAUUAACUGUAACUCUUCGUGGUGUUUUGUUUUUAGUGUGUUCCAAUUUUCCCAGAAGUGGUUAGAUUCUAUGGAUUCUUCAAUUACAUUGAGCUGAUUUCUAACGUGCUGUUACUUACUUUGAUAGGGAAGCUGAAAUGUAAAAUAUACUGUUUAGGCUUUCUACUGCCAAGUUCACACCUUCAGUAAUACAGUUAAAUGUUUUGUCCAGGAAGUUAUCUAAAAGGGAUUGAAUCUGUUGUUGCCUAAUUGUUUUUUUUGGUAGGUUUCUACUCUACUUUCAUUCCUUCUAUAGCAUUUUUUUUAUAUUGUGCAUUUCCUUUGGCUUUGAUGGCUCAUGAUUGAGUGUUGCUCUGUUCAAGUAGACUGUGAUUUUGCUGUGAUCUGAUAGGGGUGUCAGUGGGCUGACUGUGAACACAGAGACUCUGGGUUGAGGUCAGUGAUAAAGUAAUCCACAGUACUACUGCCAAGGGAUGAGCUGUAGAUGUACCUACCAUAGGAGUGUCCUCAAAGCCUACCAUUGACUAUGUACAGACCCAGCGUGCGACAGAGCUGCAGGAGUUGUGACCUGUUUUUGUUGGUUGUUUUGUCAUAGUUGUGUCUAGGGGGGUAUAUUUGGGAGGGAAUACUGUCACCUCCAGGUAGUUCUUUAUCCCUGUGUGCUGGGUGUCAGGUUCUGGCAUUUAGGUCCCCACAGACUAGUACAUGUCCCUGGGCCUGGAAAUGGUUGAUCUCCCCAUCUAGGAUGGAGAAGCUGUCUUCAUGAAAGUAUGGAGAUUCUAUUGGGGGCAUAUACAGUUGAAGUCGGAAGUUUACAUACACUUAUGUUGGAAUCAUUAAAACUCGUUUUUCAACCACUCCACAAACUUCUUGUUAACAAACUAUAGUUUUGUCAAGUCGGUUAGGACAUAUACUUUGCAUGACACAAGUAAUUUGUCCAACAAUUGUUUACAGACAGAUUAUUUUACUUAUCACUGUAUCACAAUUCCAGUGGGUCAGAAGUUUAUAUACACUAAGUUGAGUGUGCCUUUAAACAGCUUGGAAAAUUCCAGAAAAUGAUGUCCUGGCUAUAGAAGCUUCUGAUAGGCUAAUUGACAUCAUUUGAGUCAAUUGGAGGUGUACCUGUGGAUGUAUUUCAAGGCCUACCUUCAAACUCAGUGCCUCUUUGCUUGACAUCAUGGGAAAAUCAAAAAUAAAUCAGCCAAGACUUCAGAAAAAAAAUUGUAGACAUCCACAAGUCUGGUUCAUCCUUGGGAGCAAUUUCUAAAUGCCUGAAGGUACCACGUUCAUCUGUACAAACAAUAGUACGCAAGUAUAAACACCAUGGGACCACGCAGCCGUCAUACUGCUCAGGAAGGAGACGCGUUCGGUCUCGUAGAGAUGAACGUACUUUGGUGCGAAAAGUGCAAAUCAAUCCCAGUACAACAGCAAAGGACCUUGUGAAGAUGCUGGAGGAAACAGGUACAAAAGUAUCUAUAUCCACAGUAAAACGAGUCCUAUAUCGACAUAACCUGAAAGGCCGCUCAGCAAGGAAGAAGCCACUGCUCCAAAACCGCCAUAAAAAAGCCAGAGUAGUACGGUUUGCAACUGCACAUGGGGACAAAGAUCGUACUUUUUGGAGAAAUGUCCUCUGGUCUGAUGAAACAAAAAUAGAACUGUUUGGCCAUAAUGACCAUCGUUAUGUUUGGAGGAAAAAGGGGGGGCUUACUAGUCGAAGAACACCAUCCCAACCGUGAAGCACGGGGGUGGCAGCAUCAUGCUGUGGGGGAGCUUUGCUACAGGAGGGACUGGUGCACUUCACAAAAUCGAUGGCAUCAUGAGGAAGGAAAAUUAUGUGGAUAUAUUGAAGCAACAUCUCAAGACAUCAGUCAGGAAGUUAAAGCUUGGUCGCAAAUGGGUCUUCCAAAUGGAAAAUGACCCCAAGCAUACUUCCAAAGUUGUGGCAAAAUGGCUUAAGGACAACAAAGUCAAGGUAUUGGAGUGGCCAUCACAAAGCCCUGACCUCAAUCCUAUAGAACAUUUGUGGGCAGAACUGAAAAGGCGUGCGUGAGCAAGGAGGUCUACAAACCUGACUCAGUUACAUCAGCUCUGUCAGGAGGAAUGGGCCAAAAUUCACCCAAAUUAUUGUGGGAAGCUUGUGGAAGGCUACCCGAAAUGUUUGACCCAAGUUAAACAAUUUAAAGGCAAUGCCACCAAAUACGAAUUGAGUGUAUGUAAACUUCUGACCCACUGGGAAUGUGAUGAAAGAAGUAAAUGCUGAAAUAAAUCAUUCUCUCUACUAUUAUUCUGACAUUUAACAAUCUUAAAAUAAAGUGGUGAUCCUAACUGACCUAAGACAGGGAAUUUUUACUAGGAUUAAAUGUCAGGAAUUGUGAAAAACUGAGUUUAAAUGUGUUUGGCUAAGGUGUAUGUAAACCUCCGACUUCAACUGUAGGUAGCACACAGGAGGACAUUUUUCUCUGCACCAGAUGUAACAUUUUCUUGUUUUAGACUAAUUUAAUAGUGGGUUAGGUCUGCUCUAUACCAAAUUAGCAUACCCCCUAAGUCUCUUCCCUGUUUCACACCUGGUAGUUUGGUGGAUGGGACUACCAGCUCUCUGUAAUCUAGAGGGCAACCAGUGGGUCCGUCUUCUCUAUACCAUGUUUCUUGUAGGAUGACAAUGUCUGUAUUUCCAAUUUCUUUGAUGAAUUCUGGGUUCCUGCUCUUUAGGCCAAAGGCAGAUGACCUCAGACCUUGUAUAUGCCAGGAUGCGAUAGUAAAAGCUUUGUGUUCCAUAGUGUCUAGUGUUGUGUUUGUGUGGUUUAGGCCCAGACCAUCACAGUACGUGUGAGCAGAGCAUGUUGAGCAUCUGAUACAUGCCUCUUAGGUGGCACUACAUCUCCUAAUGAAUCAUGUGGAAAUUGAGCAAGUUGAGGAGACUAAACUGCUUGGAGUAACCCUGGAUUGUAGACUGUCAUGGUCAAAGCAUAUUGAUACAACAGUAGCUAAGAUUGGGAGAAGUAUGUCCAUAAUUAAGCGCUGCUCUGCCUCCUUAACAACACUAUCAACAAGGCAGGUCCUACAGGCCCUAGUUUUGUCGCACCUAGACUACUGUUCAGAAGUGUGGUCAGGUGACACAAAGAGGGACUUGGGAAAAUUGCAGUUGGCUCAGAACAGGGCAGCACGGCUGGCCCUUAAAUGUCCAUGGAGAGCUAACAUUAAUGACAUGCAUGUCAGUCUCUCCUGGCUCAGAGUGGAAGAGUUAUUGACUUCAUCACUGCUUGUUUUUGUAAGAGGUGUUGAACUGCUGAAUGUAUCAGGUGGGGCCUAUAUAGGGUGUGGUCAGGGUUUGUUUGGGGCGGUCUCAGCUGGUGAUUCUGUGGUCUGGGUGUCGGUCCUCUUGGCGUGGGUUCUCUCGGUGCAAGUCCUUCGGGAGGGGGUCUCGCAGGUCUGGGAGGGUGUCUCGCUGGUCUUGGCAGGGUAUCCAUUGCUCUGUUGCUCCUGUGUGCUGUGUGAGGUGCUGCGGUUGAGGGUGACGUCCUUCAGGGUCCUGGCAAAAGUUGUGAUUACUGCCUUGUAGAGGUGGACCUGGUCGUAAAGGCUGGUCAAGUCCAGGGUGGUCCUUAUACGGGUGACUAUAACGUUGUACUCUGGGGGUGGCCAAUCUUAUCCCUGAAGGGGUGGGUACAGGCUUUUGUUCCAACCAACUAGUAGCACACCCGAUUCUUGGUCACACCUGCUUAUUUGUUGAGACUCUCUCUCUGCCAGGCCAAGAUCAUGUGCUCGUCUACCUGUAAGUGUGUGGGCUGUAAGAACUUUGAGGAGAGCCCUGAGAGGAAGACUCUGAUGCACCUGGCCGACGCAGCUGAGGUCAGAGUUCAACAACAGACAGCAGCCAAGACCAAGCUGUCAUCACAGAUCUCAGACCUGCUUACACGGACCACCCCCGCCAUCACCAGCGGAGGAGGGAGGUAAGACUCCCUCCCUCUCUAGACUCACCCUCUCCGGCCUCACCCCCUUUCUAGAUUCACCCCGUCUCUACUCACCCCCUCUCCUCCACGCAUCUUCUGUAAUGUAUUUUCUCCACGCUCCCCGUCUCCAGCCUCCCUUCUCCAGUCUCACCCCCUCUCGCCUCCCCUUCUCCAGUCUCACCCCCUCUCGCCUCCCCUUCUCCAGUCUCACCCCCUCUCUCCUCCCCUUCUCCAGUCUCACCCCCUCCUCCUCCCCUUUUCCAGCCUCAUCCCCUCUCUCCUCCCCUUCUCCAGUCCUCACCCCCUCUCUCCUCCCCUUCUCCAGUCUCACCCCCUCUCUCCUCCCCUUUUCCAGUCUCACCCCCUCUCUCCUCCCCUUUUCCAGCCUCAUCCCCUCUCUCCUCCCCUUCUCCAGUCUCACCCCCUCUCUCCUCCCCUUCUCCAGUCUCACCCCCUCUCUCCUCCCCUUCUCCAGUCUCACCCCCUCUCUCCUCCCCUUCUCUAGUCUCUCACCCCCUCUCUCCUCCCCUUCUCUAUUCUCACCACCCUCUCUCCUCCCCUUCUCCAUCUCACCCCCUCUCGCCUCCCCUUCUCCAGCCUCAACCCCUCUCUCCUCCCCUUCUCCAGUCUCACCCCCCUCUCUCCUCCCCUUCUCUAGUCUCACCCCCUCUCUCCUCCCCUUCUCUAUUCUCACCCCCUCUCUCCUCCCCUUCUCCAGUCUCACCCCCUCUCUCCUCCCCUUCUCCAGUCUCACCCCCUCUCUCCUCCCCUUCUCCAGUCUCUCACCCCCUCUCUCUCCCCUUCUCCAGUCUCCACCCCCUCUCUCCUCCCCUUCUCCAGUCUCACCCCCUUUCUCCUCCCCUUCUCCAGUCUCACCCCCUCUCUCCUCCCCUUCUCUAGUCUCACCCCCUCUCUCCUCCCCUUCUCUAGUCUCACCCCCUCUCUCCUCCCCUUCUCCAGUCUCAACCCCUCUCUCCUCCCCGUUCUCCAGCCUCAACCCCUCUCUCCUCCCCUUCUCCAGUCUCAACCCCCCUCUCUCCUCCCCUUCUCCAGUCUCACCCCCUCUCUCCUCCCCUUCUCCAGCCUCACCCCCUCUCUCCUCCCCUUCUCCAGUCUCACCCCCUCUCUCCUCCCCUUCUCCAGUCUCACCCCCUCUCGCCUUGUUGUAGAACAGUGGCUAAUCUCCUCAUCCUCUCUCCACCAGGAUGCCCUAUACGUUUGUGACGAAGGAGGUGGCGGAGGUGACGUGUGAGUGUCUGCUGGAGCAGGCUGAGCAGGCAGAGCUGAACCAGCAGCCCCAGGCCACCGCAGAGAGGAUGAUCCUGGAGGAGUUCGGACGCUGCCUCAUGAGGAUCAUCAGCUCGGCGGGCAAGACAGACUGUCCCUCCAUCAACUGCUAG